AUGAGUGGAGUUGCCACGCAAGUUUAUGCUAUGAGCCGUCUAACGCUUGCACUUUUCGAAGACUCAGGAUGCAAAGCGGAGAACAUGCAAUGGGGACAUACGUUAGGAUGUAAAUUUGCCAAGCAGAGUUGUUUAACAUGGAUGAGAACAAAUCCGCACAAUCCGUAUCCAUUUUGCACAGUGCUUGAGGACACCAGAUGUAGCACAAGUCGUUUGGCGAAAGUUCGCUGCAAUCUGAUAGCCGGAUCGAUUGAUGUGCCCAACGAAUACAACUAUAACAUACAGAAUUUGUAUAAAGACAGAAAACAACAUUUGUUAAAAGGUUACGGUCACCUUGAAGUAGCUGACUACUGUCCAUAUUACCGAGUUUACGGCGAGUUCUCAGCGAUGGACAAAGGUGCUGAUACACGAUGUACAUUUCCCGGAAACAUGAAUUAUAAUAAUUAUUCGCUUGAGAUAUUCUCGCCAACAGCUCGCUGUUUUCAAUUGGAAGGUGGUAUUACGGUCAUCCACGAUCAAGGUAUUGACGUUUGGAUGCACAGUGUUGGUUGCUAUGAGGUUUGCGUUUAA